AUGGCCGUGGAUACGACGAUCCGAACCGUCCAGCAAGUGGCGGCAGCGGUGGCGGAGGCUACGGCGACCAGCGCGGCUACGACCAGCGUGGGCAGCAAGGGUACGACCAGCGCGGGCAACAUGGUUACGACCAACGUGGGCAGCAAGGCUAUGAUCAACGUGGAGGGUACGACCAGCGUGGGGGUUACGACUCCCGCGGCGGCGACUAUGGCCGAUCGUCGUCUGGGCACGAUGACUACAGUCGUGGCGGUGGAGGGGGUUACGGCUCCGGGUCGAGGGGGUACGAAGGCAGCCGAGGAGAUUACAGCUCCGGUGGUUACGAUGAUCGCAGCAGUCGAGGAGGCUCUUAUGGCGGUGGAAGUGGCCACGGAGGCUCUGGGUACGACGACCGAGGAGGGUACGAAGGUUCCUCUUCUCAUGGGGGGUACGGUGGCUCGUCGGGCUACGACAAUCGAGGUGGAUAUGACCAGAGUCGAGGAGGCAGCAGCUACGGCAGUGGAAGUGGAAGUGGAGGCUAUGAUGAUCGUUCUCGCGGGUAUUCGGGUGGGGGUUACGAUGAUCGCUCACGUGGAGGUGCAGGCGGCGACCGUGGAGGAGAUCGCGGUUACGGCGGUGGCGGUGGCGGAGACCGGGGAGGAGACCGCGGAGGCGACCGGGGAGGCGACCGCGGAGGCGACCGGGGAGGCGACCGCGGAGGCGACCGGGGAGGAGACCGUGGCUAUGGGCGUCGUGACGAUCGUGGGGGCGGUGACCGCCGUGGUGGAGACCGAGGGGGAGACCGAGGAGGAGACCGUGGAUACGGUGGUGGUCGUGGCGGGGGCCGCUUUGGAGGAGGAGGAGGUCGCGGCGGAGGUCGUGGCGAGUCUGGGCCUGGUAGUAUUGGCGACCCUGUGUUCCGACCCGCGCCUUCAGGACGAAUGGACUGGCCGUGCUGGAGUGCGUGAUGUGAGCGCGGAAGACCCAGAUCUCCAGCAAGAAUUCCUCAUUUGUCGUCGUCCGGGUCUUGGUCGAGGUGGCAAGUCUGUGCAGAUGCAGGUGAACUACUUCGGUGUGUCGCUGGACUCAGCGCCGCCGGAGAUCAUCAAGUACCACGUGGACGUGGAGCGCUCGCCCGAUCUUGCUGCAGACUCCAAGUAUGGUCCUUCUGGGGCUGAUCAGAAGGAUGAAAUAAUGGGUGACGAGCCUAAACAGGAAGGCAAGGACGAGAAGGAAGACAAAGAGGACAAGGACGUGGAGAUGAGCGACGUCUCGGCGCCUCCCAAGCGAGAACGACGUCCGGAACGACCGCUUCCUCGCUCUUUGGUGCGAAACGUGAUCAAUGCAGCUCUCCGACAGUACGAAGCCGAGUUUGGAGGCGUCCGCGUGGUUCACGACGGUAUGUCGGCCAUGUACGCGCCUGCUGUGCUGCCGUGGGAGUCGCACUCCAAGACAUUUGUCGAUGUGAACCCGGAUGGCCCCAGCCCGACGCCCCCGCCGCCUCCUCCUGCUGCUGCUGGUGACGCGCCUCGUCGUCCAUUCCGCGGCCCUCGUACGUUCGUCGUGAAGAUCAAGAUGGCUGAAACGAUCUCGACCACCUCGCUCCAAGAUUAUUACUCGAACCCGGAUGUAAACGUCAUGCCAGUUCUUCAGGCGUUGGACGUGGCCGCGCGUCAUUUGGGCGCUCAGCGGUUGAUCACGGUGGGUCGCAAUUUCUUUUCCAUGAAGAAGACGUUCCCUCUCAAAGGAGGCAAAGAGUUGUGCUGGGGUUAUCACCAAGCUAUCCGCGUUGCAGACCGCAAGCUGCUCAUGAAUGUGGACCAGGCAGCCACUGUGUUCUACGCUCCGAAAGAACUGAUGGAGCUGGUGCUUCCUGCGUUGAAUGCGCGCUCUGCUAACGACAUCCGAGCGCUGUCGGAUCGAGAUGCUCGGAACCUGGCGCGUGCGUUGCGCAAAAUUGAAGUUGUACCGACCCAUCGCAAGGAUCGCAAGCGUGCCAUCUUCGGUAUCAGUGCGCAGCCAGCCAACCAAACCAUCCAAAGCAUCAAGGGGGAGAGUAUGUCGGUGGCGGAUUAUUUCAACAAGCGGUACAACAUCAACUUGAGGUAUCCGCACCUGCCGCUGGUGAAUGUGGGUAGUAAGCGACCAGGUAAAGAGAACUGGUUGCCGAUUGAACUGUGCGAAGUGGCGCCGGGACAACGCUGUGCGAAUAUCAACGAGCUGGACACGGCGGAGAUCAUUCGACAGACCAGUCAACCCCCGCGUGCUCGCCAGGAAACGAUCAUUGACCAGGUGCGUCAGGCUGGCUUUGAGAACGACCCGUAUCUUGCUGCGUUCGGUAUGAAGGUGGAGCAGCGUCUGGAAGCGACGGAAGCUCGUGUGAUGGACCCACCGGAUGUGCAGUAUGCGAAUGUGUCCGAGAGACCGUCGGGUGGCCAGUGGAAUCUGAGAGACAAGCGCUUUGUGGAGGGAGCAACGAUGCGCAACUGGGGAGUCGUUAUCAGUGCCAAUGUUGGGGAACGUGACGUCCAGGGCUUUAUCCGCAACUUGGUGGAUAUGGCUGGCAAGAGCGGACUGACGAUCGAGGACAGCUCCCCGCACAUGGUUCACAUGGAUCAGUAUCGUGGCGCCCAGGUCGAGGAGCUCAUGAAGAUGUGCUUUAAGGAGCUGGAAGCUCGCAACAGAGGUCCCCCGCAGCUCAUUAUGGUGAUUAAACAAGACAAGAGCGUUGGAUCGUACAGUGACAUCAAGCGGAUGUCCGACACGGUGUUGGGAAUUCCCAGUCAGUGCAUUGUGUCCCAGAACGUCCGCAGUGCUAAGCCUCAGUACUGUGCUAACGUCUGUUUGAAGAUCAACAUGAAGCUGAGCGGAAAGAACUCGAUCCUGCGCGAGCCACUGCCGCUAGUGAGCACUGCGCCUACGAUCAUUAUUGGUGCCGAUGUGGAGCACCCUCGCUCGGGUAUGGGCUCACGUCCGUCAAUUGCUUCGGUGGUUGCCUCGCUGGAUCGCUACUCGGCAAAGUACGUCGCUCGUGUGGCUGCACAGAAGGCUUCCAGCGACAUCCAGCUCUUGCCGCACAUGCUUCGUGAUCUCUUCUUGGCAUACUACCAAAGUACCAACCGUAAACCGGAGCACGUCAUCUAUUACCGUGAUGGUGUGAGCGAAGGUCAGUACUACGAUAUCUUGCAGACGGAGAUGCGCGCGCUUCGCAAGGCUUUUAAGAUGAUCUCGGACGGCUACAACCCGCCAGUUACCUUUAUCAUCGUUAACAAGCGCCACCACAUGCGCGCGUUCCCAAAUAACCCGCGUGACGCUGAUCGCAAGGGCAAUGUGGUUCCUGGCACUGUGAUCGACACUGGAAUUGUGGAUUCGCACCGGUUCGACUUCUUCUUGUACGGCCACAGCGGCAUCCAGGGCACGAGUGUCCCGUGCCACUACACGGUGCUGCACGACGAGAACAAGAUGUCAGCGGAAGACGUGCAGAGACUCACGUACCAUCUCGGGUACACGUUUGCCCGAUGCACUCGCUCCGUGUCAUUCGCCACACCCGCGUACUACGCGCACUUGGCUGCCGGUCGUGCGCGUUUCUUCUUGAAUGAAGGAUCGGACGGUGCUUCCACCGUGGGCUCGUUUAACUCGAGUUCGUCAAACUUCGACUUCACGGAGCUGCACAAUGACCUCAAGAAUUGCAUGUUUUUCAUCUAA